AUGGAUACUGGUAAUAACAAUAGACUCCCAACUCUUCUAAAGUGCAACUUCCCUCCUUACGGAAAAGACUUUCCCGGUGGAGUCGCCACCGGAAGAUUCUCUGAUGGAAGAGUUCCUUCUGAUCUGAUUGCGGAAAGAUUGGGGUUGAGGAAGACAUUACCAGCAUACUUGAGCCCCAAUUUGAAGCCUAAAAAUCUUUUGAAAGGUGUAACAUUUGCAUCUGGAGGAACUGGUUACGAUCCGUUAACGGCUAAGCUUAUGUCAGUAGUGUCAGUAUCGGAUCAACUAAUAUAUUUUAAAGAGUAUAUGUCAACGAUCAAACAACACUAUGGAAAACGAAGAGCUCAAUAUAUCUUGGACCGUAGCAUUUUCCUCGUGGUUUCUAGUAGUAAUGACCUUGCUCACACUUACAUAGCCCAAUCUUAUAGAUAUAACUCUACCUCGUAUCCUAUUUUCUUGGCUGAAGCAGCAGUUAAAUUCGUAAAAGAAUUGCACAAGCUUGGAGCUCGGAAAAUUGCGGUGUUUGGUGCAGUCCCUGUUGGAUGUGUACCACUUCAAAGAACAGUACGUGGAGGUGUACUAACAAGAAAAUGUGUUAAACCUUUAAACAAUAUGGCAAAAAAAUUCAACGCUAGACUUUCUCCAGCAUUGAAACAUUUAAAUAGAAAGUUGGAUGGUAUUAUCCUCUACGUGGAUGUUUAUGACACUCUUUUUGAGAUGAUCCAAAAGCCUAAAAAAUACGGUUUCGAAGUAGCUGAUAGAGGGUGUUGCGGUUCUGGUUCUCUCGAAAUUUCUUAUUUGUGCAACUCCUUUAAUCCAGUCACGUGCUCUAAUUCCUCGGCCUAUAUAUUUUGGGAUAGCUACCAUCCAACUGAAAGAGCUUAUGAAGUUAUUGUUGAUAAGUUACUGGAUAAAUACUUAAGCAAAGUCAUUUGA